AUGUCCAGCUCCUGGUGUGAGGGGCCAGCUAGCCCAGAGGCUGUCCCACCGAGGAAAGCUGGGCCGGAGAAAGGAGAGGCCAGCCAAGAGUCCCCAAAGACUGGAGAACUCAGCCAGGAGCCCCCCAAGAAGGGAAAGACCAGCCCAGAGUCCCUCAAGAAGGAAGAAGCCAAGCAGGAGGCCCCCAAGAAGGGAGAGUCCAGCCAGGAGCCCGCCAAGAAGGGAGAAGCCAAGCAGGAGCCCCCCAAGAAGGGAAAGACCAGCCCAGAGUCCCUCAAAAAAGAAGAAGCCGAGCAAGAGGCCCUAAAGAAGGGAGAGGCCAGCCCAGAGGUCUCCAAGAAGGGAGAGACCAGCCAAGAAGCCCCCAAGAAGCCAGUCUUCCCCUUUGGCAAGAUUCCUUUUCGGCCUCAUCACUGGCGGCUGGUGACGUUGCUGCUGGGGUUCUGCUGCCUGCUUUUGCUCAGCAUACUGUUCGUCUUGAUUGCCGAGUAUUUGCAUAUUUCAGCAACAGCCAACAGAAAGAUGGCAACGCUCCAAAGAGAGACCCAGAAACUCAAGGACUCAGUGAAGCAGCAGGCAGGAGGCAAAGACAGCACAUGCGCCACGUGUCUGGACGACUGGGUGCAGCGUGGCGAUGCCUGCUACCUUUUCUCCAAAGAGCUUGCAACGUGGACAGAGUGCAUUGAGUACUGUAAGAAGCAGGGCGCCCAACUCGUUAAGAUGGACACUCAGGGAGAACUGGUGUUCCUCAAGUGGCACACGAGUAAACUUUACAAUAUCCAGUUCAGAUAUCGCCAGUACUACAACUACUGGAUUGGCCUGAUCUACAAAGUGGACCUCGCGAAGUGGGUCUGGCUGGAUGGGACCCCGUUCACACUGGAGCUGUCUUCCGUGAGACCCAAAGUCAUCGCCAGAGCAGACAUCUGCGUGUUUUUUAUACAAGGCAAGUCCUAUAUUAUGGAUUGCACUAUAAAAUACCGCUGCCUCUGCAAGAAGACCAAGUGAUAAGGGGACUUCCAACGGAAUUGUGUUCUGAAUGAGAUUCCCUGCACCGACGGCCCCUUUAUUCCAUGGAAACACACAAUUAUUUGUAAAUACAAUUAAUAAAAAGUUUCUUAACCUUAAAGUAUGUGCGGGGAGUGGGAUUGGGUUUACGCGUUUCCCUCUGUUCCUUUCCUUCGACCCUUUUCCUGCUCUGAUUUCCAGCUUCCUUCCACUCGGAGCCAGAUUCACAAGCAACACGGGUGUUUCAGAUUCGAGAAACUCGCUAGGAUUUACGAUCCUUGGGCUGUGGCCUAGGCUGCCUGCACACUGCAAGGGGAGAGCCAGGUGCCCCAGAAGGAAAACAGCUGACCUGCAAUUCAUUUGCAAAUUCAUUCCAAUCCAAGUAGACCUGAAUAAAGAUUUGAAUUGGUUAAUACACUACAGAGACAACUUCCCCUCUCUUGAUAUUCACAUCUUCCCAUCAGCUGCUGUGAAUGUGCCACACACCCCUUGACUUAAUUAGCCUCAACACUUGAAGGCUACGUCUACACUGGCCUCUUCUUCGGAAAAGGCAUGCUAAUUUCCAA